AAAAUGCAACAACAAUGAGUGGCCUUACAAUUGACAUAUUUGAGGAGGCAAUAAAGAGGCUACCUUUUCCACUUUCUUAUGAGUACCUAGAAUUUGACACUGAUACAGGGAGCUACAAUGAUUUUGUUUAUCAUGUUUAUCUUCAGGAAUACGACAUAGCGGUUGCAGACAUUACUAUAAGAUACAACAGAUCAUUGUAUGUCGACUUCACUGUACCAUACACAGAAUCUGGAGUAGGGAUGAUUGUUCCAGUCAAGGAAAACGUGAUGAAGGAUAUGUGGCUUUUCUUGAAACCGUUAAGCACUGAGUUGUGGUUUGGUAGCAUCCUAUUAUUUAUGUACACAGGAGUUGUUGUCUGGCUGCUGGAGUAUCUAAAUGGCAAUGAACAUGUGCAUGGUCACAUUUCACUCAAACAACUGGCGACUACAGUAUUCUCCAUUUUUGAAGAGAAGGAGAAUUUGGAACGCUUUCUACCUAGAAUUGUGUUGCGUGUAUGGAUGGUUGUACUUCUGGUACUUGCAGCAAGUUAUACAGCGAGCUUUGCAUCAAUGCUGACUGUACAUCAGCUUUCACCCACAGUGACUGAUGUUCAUGAACUCCAGAAGAAUGGAGAAUAUGUAGGGUUCCACCAAGGUUCUUAUAUAGAGGGUCUACUGGUGGAAAUUGGUUUCGACACAUCGAAGCUCAGGGCCUAUGCUACAGUUGAAGAUUUCUAUGGUGCUCUUUCUAAUGGAAGCAUUGCUGCGGUUGUACUUGACGUCCCAUACAUCAAACUGUUUCUUGCAAAGUACAGAAAAGGCUACGCAAUGGUGGGGCCAAUUUACAAGAGUGCAGGUUUUGCAUUUGCGCUCCCCAAGAAUUCUCCACUACGUGCUGAGAUGUCAAGGGCAAUACUCAACAUAACAGGAGGAGAUACUAUCAUUCAACUUGAGAAGAAAUGGAUAGAUCAAAAUAGCCAUGAAAAUGAUGGCACACUUGAUGGUUCAGGCGCUAUCACUUUUGAAUGUUUUGGGGGAUUAUUCCUCCUAACUGGAGUUGUGACAACUUGUUCCCCUUUUGUAGCCAUGCUGAUGAACCGUUACAAAAAACUUCAACAAGAUGUAAGGAAUAAUAAAGGAGAUGACCAGAAUGAAUGCAGACACAAGCAAGUCAAGAAAAAGAGAAAAUGGAAGAACAAAGAGAUGAAAAUGGAAACUGAACUGAGAGAGCCAAACAACUUUGUCAGUGCCUCACAGUUCGAGCAGAAAUGGUGACCAGCUACCAGACAGUAGGUGCUCUAAAUAAAUUGCAAUAUCACCGACUCAUAUCGGUUCACAGACCUUUCUUGGGGAGACAUAAGUGGUUGGUGGCUCAAGUUAGUUCCAGCCCGAGCAAAGUUCACAUUUCAAGCUCAAAGAUGAACAGGUAAGUAACUGCGGGAGGGAAGCCAGUCCAACUGAACUUGGGUACGUCAUGCAUUCACAAUCAAGUAAAUUUUCAGUUUACUUGUGCUUCAGCCUUUCAGGCAUCGCUUGGCCGACAACUGAAAAGGCUAAUUGAUCCCGUUAUAUAAAUUUUUCAUGGGAAAAUCAAAGUUCGCUAUGAAGUAGUAGGAUAUAUGCUCCUUCGGUAAGAACAUUCAGAUGGUAGUGCACAAUAUAUUGUAAGGCAUCCAACGCUAUCUAUCCCCGAAGAGAUAAAGGGAGAGGACUAAUGGCUGACGAUGUACUUUAUACAUCUAGUUAGAGAGACAUUGAGCUACUCUGGUUCACUAUUUACAUCACUAUGUCAAUAAUACAAGACUACAGCCCUCUGUUCCCUAAAAUAAAGGCUACAACCCUCUGCAAUUAUAGUAAUGAACUACCAUUUUUCAAGUUAUAGUAGGCCUCAACACUGUACAUUACACACCACAGAAUUAGCACAUGAUGCCAUAUUAUAACACCAGGUUGCAGUUUUCCUAUCAAAAAUAAAGCUGCAGUUGAUUAUUCACUAAGUUGCUAACAAACCAUCUCUAUCAAUCAGAGACAAACUGGACUCCUAAAGUUCCAAUUACCAAACCAUGUGGAAUCAAAUGGAUUGAAUUGGAAGUGGAAUCACUCAAAGUAACAAUCAUACUGAAAGCAGAAAGCAGAGCCCGUACGCACAUGUAUCCUCUGUGACGAGCUUACCAUGAGAAAGCUUUGUCUGGUCCAAAGGCAGAGCAACAGGAGUGGAUUUAUGGUGGUGCUACUGUUGGAGACGCAGCACUACACAAUUAAAUUGCAUUGCACGGUACAACAUGGCAACAAAAAAUUACUCGUCCAUUUAUUUAUCUUAUUUUUUAGUCUAAAAUCUGGUACAAAAGAACUUUUAGGCAAUGUGUCAUAAGCUCCUUUGACGAGAAGAAAAAAUGAACAGAUUCUCAUGAGCUAUCUAAUAUUCAAGCUAGUAAUGGUUCUUUAAUGGACACCAAAGCAAGAAGCAUCACAAAUCCACAGUACAUCAGUAAGGACUAUGAACUUAUCUCAACCCUUGCUAUUGAAGAGUGAGAGAAAGAGAUAAAGGUACAAUCAUAUGAAUUCAAAGGAUUUUAAUUCCAAAAGUUAAGAGCUCUAACAUUUCAUUCAUUGAACAUAG